UUAACCGAAUAAGAUACAUAAGGUCUCGUUAACUGAAUCAGAUACAGAUUAGAUACAUAAUUUUUUUGUCUGCACUUCUUACCUAGAUAUUCAACAACCCCUAACCAACAGGGCAGUUGGACUCCCCUACCAAUUCAAGUGAGCAUUGAUCCCAUAUGGUUUGGUUAGGUAAUCUAACAUAAACUAUUUCCAAAACAUCUCUUCCAUAUAUAUAUCCUCAUCAUCCCUAAUCUUUCAUGUCAGGCAGUUGAGUUUCCAGACAUGGAAAAGCUGCUUCAUAUCCUUGCAACUGCUCUAAUGAUUCUAAACCUAGGACUGUCAUGUUCAGCAAGAACUUAUAUUGUUGGUGACAGUUCUGGCUGGGACAUUAGCACUGAUCUUGAUUCCUGGUCAUUCGGCAAACGAUUCCUAGUGGGCGAUGUUCUAUGGUUUCAAUAUUCUUCAUACCACAAUGUAGUUGAGGUGGCAAAAGAGGAUUUUGAUGGGUGCACCACAAGCAAUGUACUGAGUUCAAACAGUACUGGGAACACAACAUUUCCAUUGACACGACCAGGUCAAAGGUUGUUUCUUUCUGGGAAUAGGAUGUAUUGUCUUGGAGGGAUGAAGCUUCAGGUGAAUGUAGAAAGCAAUCAGACAAUGGCACCUGCCCCAGCGCCUCAGGCAGGCGGCGGUGACGGCGGAUCCGCCGCCGCUCUUUUGCCACCUUCUUCCAAGAGUAAUAACCCCUCUGCUAUUGUCCCUGGUUCAAGUAACCAUGUUAAAGUGGACUUAUUAAUGACAGCACUACUAGGAAUCCUGGGGUUAAUGGGAACUGUACUUGGGAUGUUAUAAUCUCAAAUUUCUUUUCUUUUUGA